AUACAAUAAACAUAAGACAGGGAUGUGUAUAUCAAUAUGGACUUAUCGGAAUCUGCAGAUGCAUCAGACGAGUCCAAGCUCUUUGAGACAGAUGAGGUGAAGUUUACAAGUUCAUUUGAUUCCAAGGCUCUAGUCAAAGCAAUCUCUGAUUUGAGAACAGCAAUCUCUGAUGAUAAGAAGGUUAAAGUAUAUAAGCUGUUGUUGAAGAUUGUAGAGAAUAUACUUUUAAAUCCAUGGGGACGCGAAAAAAGACGUAUCCGCGAAUCUAAUUCCACAUAUUCAUCCAUUAUUGGAACAAAUGUCCCGGUAUUAACUGUAUUGAACUCGUUGGGCUUCCGCAGCGUUAAUGGUUUCGCCGUGCUCCGGGUAGUGGACGUUCCGUUGCUUCGUAAAGCAUAUCAGUUACUCAUAACUGCUCUCAAAGAAGAUUGCAAUGUACAUAUAAAAUCGUUAGAGGGGCAUUUCUUCGAUCCUUUUAAGGCAUAUCAACACAGCAGUGAUGUUAACAAAAAUGCCAAUACCGAGAGUUUCGAAUGCCUAGGAGUGGAUCGGACAAAGUCAGAAAUUUUAGCUCUCGAAAAAACAUUAUCGGCAAGCGUACAAACAACCCUUGGGCAAUGGAACCCUGUCAUCUCUUUCGAAAACGCAGCGAACAUGCGUAAAGCAUCAAUUGAUACUAACUUUGGAGAUACAUCGGAAUCAACCCACUCCACUGCGCACAUUAUGAAGAUUUAUAAUGUAGGUAAAUGUAGAGAUUUCGAGUCAUCUUCAAGAAAAUAUUUGGAUCAGCUACAACAAAAAUGUGAAUAUGUGGAAAGUAAUGAUACUGUGCAAAUCAAAAUUAGGUUUCCAGGAAACACGGUGAUAACAAUAUAUCCGCCAGUAAGGACUUUGGUAUCCAAUAUAAAAAGUGAACUGCAGUCAAUACUCAUAAGUAAAGUUGGGAUGAAUGAUUGGGAACUCGUUGAAAUGCCGUUGAAACAAGCUGUUGACGAAAAUAAAACACUACUUCAGCAGGAUAUUGUUCAUAGUAUAGUACUACAGUUUCGCUAUAAAGUCCAACGCAACAUCAGCGAACAGAUCAUUAAACCCGAGGUUUUGCGGCAAUACUGUCCUACGAAGCUCCAUUCUUGAACUGGCUUUCGUACAUGUCAAAUAUUUGAUGG